UUUUAUUUAAAAAUGUGCAUCACUGUCUCGUGCUCGGCGCGUGCGACCUCAACGUGGUGGCCCGCGGCUGACCUCGUCCCGCCCGGCUCUUGCGGAGCACUCAGGUGGCACGGGCCCGGGGGCUCCCGCCCAUGGCCAGGUAGACGUCGAUGGGCACGUGCAGCAGCGUCAGACAGUGGCAGCCCGGGCAGCGUCGAAGCGGCCUGGCGAGAGCGCAGGCGACAGGGGCGCUGAGGCGGCGGCCGGGAGCACAGUGCAGGGGCGCACCCGGGGGUCCUCUGGGGCGGGGCCUGGCGAGGGGCGGGACGGGGCGGCGGUCUCACCUGACCCGGUUGUGUUCAGUAGCUCUGGGCUCCCGGCUGUCCUGGGACUCGGGGGUGUCGGCAAGGCCAGGGGAGUCUCCGGCCUCAAUGGGGAAUCUUCGACCCUGUGGGGUCUCCUGGUCACUCAUGUCCAGGCCCCGGGGCGCUCUGCGCGGGGAGUGGCGGUCAGGCCGCUGCGGGGGGACCCCCCGCUCCCCCAGGUGGUGGCUCACCUGCCGGAGGCCGAGGCCGGUCCCAGGCUGGAAGCAACUGCCCAAGCCCUGGCCGCGGGAGGACGCUUCGGUCCAGGCGAAGCCUGGCAGGUGUCUGCUGCAUGCCCCGGCUGCAGCGUCGAAGGGGAGGGCUGCAUUGUGACCCGGGCUCCGGUGCGCUGACCUCACACUGCCUGUUCCUCCGUGGAACUCUGGACCCUCCCCCGCCGUUCGGUCACUUAUUAAGGGCCCGAGCCUGGAGCUUGCGGGCUCUGGCCGCCAUGCCUUCGUGACCCGGUCGCAGGGCCCGCCAGCAAGCAGCUGGAUGGGGACGCAGGACACUGGGUGACCCGCCUGUAAGCGGAGCCCACGUGGAGGAGGCCUGCAUCUCUGCAGCCUGGCGCUUGCCCUGGCACUACCUCGGUCAGGAAUGACAAUUCAAGCUGGCUUUGCUGCUGGUGGUGAGGGAAGGUAGGGCUCAUUUUGGCUGAGGGUCACACACCAUUUACAUCACAAUUGGGCAGGAGGUUCAAAAUGUCUAGUCCUCUCCCUCCCCACCACCUGUGGCUGUGUCCAGACGAAGAAUGUUCUAGCCCUGGAGGCAGCUGUGGAUGAAGUCCUUGGGGGGGGGGAAGAAGCAUGCCAAGGGUGAUGGUGGAGUAGCGCUGCCUCACAGAGGCAGCAUGAGCUGAAAGGGCGAUAGGAGGAGGCGCUACACAGCAUGGAGGACUUUCUACUCUCCAAUGGGUACCAGCUGGGCAAGACCAUUGGGGAAGGGACCUACUCAAAAGUCAAAGAAGCAUUUUCCAAAAAACAUCAAAGAAAAGUGGCAAUUAAAAUUAUAGACAAGAUGGGAGGGCCAGAAGAGUUUAUCCAGAGAUUCCUGCCUCGGGAGCUCCAGAUUGUCCAUACUCUGGACCACAAAAACAUCAUCCAGGUGUAUGAGAUGCUGGAGUCGGAAGAUGGGAACAUCUACCUGGUGAUGGAACUGGCUGAGGGAGGGGACGUCUUUGACUGCGUGCUCAAUGGGGGGCCACUUCCCGAGAGCCGGGCCAAGGCCCUCUUCCGCCAGAUGGUUGAGGCCAUCCGCUACUGCCAUGGCUGUGGCGUGGCCCACCGGGACCUUAAGUGUGAGAACGCCUUGUUGCAGGGCUUCAACCUGAAGCUGACUGACUUUGGCUUUGCCAAGGUGCUACCAAAGUCAUGCAGGGAGCUGAGCCAGACCUUCUGUGGCAGCACAGCCUAUGCCGCCCCCGAGGUGCUACAGGGUAUUCCUCACGAUAGCAAGAAAGGUGAUGUCUGGAGCAUGGGUGUGGUCCUGUAUGUAAUGCUCUGCGCAAGCCUACCUUUUGAUGACACAGAUAUCCCCAAGAUGCUGUGGCAGCAGCAGAAGGGGGUAUCCUUCCCCACUCAUCUGGGCAUCUCAACUGAAUGCCAGGACCUGCUGAAGCGGCUCCUGGAACCAGAUAUGAUACUCCGGCCUUCAAUUGAAGAAGUUAGUUGGCACCCAUGGCUAGCAAGCACUUGAUAAAAGCAAUAGCAAGUCCUCCCCAAUAAAGUAGUGGGAGAAAGCAAACCCAAAACCCGCUUCUAAGAUGGUGAUAUAUAUUUUACACUUUAGGUUACCAUAUCCCAUGGCUUGCUUACACACUCCCCAGAUGGGCCCCAACAGGUCUCUCACCAAGACAUUGUUCCUCUAAAGAUCUUCCUGGAACCAAGGCCCUUAUUUAGAUUUUUCUUUUAUUAAUGGUUGACAACGUGUUUCGUUAAAGCUAAUUAAAUUAGACUGUAAAAUCAUCCACACACAGGGAGAAGAGAGGAGAAAAGUGACCCACAGGAACCACUCAGUUGCUACAACUUCCUUUCCAAAUAAAAGCAGAAGCACUGGGGAUGCAGAUGACCUCCUGGCUCUGUCUUGGUGAGGCCUGGUGGGCCUGUCUCUUCCUCAAACCAGAGGCCAAGUUGGGUCUGAGAUGAGACAAGGUCCUUCCUCAGGACCCAGGCUAUCUCCCAACCCAAGCUCCCAACUCCAGGCAAGAAGCUACCCUUACAGGGUGUCCUGAGCCUUGCUCAAGGCUCCAGUGAGGCUGCCAAGGGGACAGAAACAUCCCCAGACACCUUCUGGCUUCUUUUGAAUCUUUUUAAUGCUGUUGUGGCAAAUCUCUGUAAAAGGUUCAGGACAAAGUUCUUUUUUGUUCCUUUUUAAUUAUAAAACUAACAGCUGUUAGAAUCUUUUUUUUUUCUUUUCUUUUUUUUUUUCUUUUCCUGGCUACAAAAUACUCUGGGGAGAUGCAUUAUAAUUUAAAAUAUAUAAUAUUGCACAAACAACCAAAAGGUUAAUUA